AUGAGAUGUAGCAUCCCCACGGAGGUGGAGGAGAGGCCACUAGCUGCAGCAGCAGCAGCAAAGGACAUUAGCUGCAGCAGGAGCAGCAGCAGCUGCAGCAGCAGCUGCAGCAGCAGAUAUAGCAGCAGCUGCAGCAGCAGUCGUAGUAAUAGCAGUACUACCCAUCGCAGGGACCGUAGCACCAACAGCAGCAACCACAGCAGCAACUGCAGCAGCAGCAGCAGCAGCAGCAGCAGCAGCAGCAAGCUGCUAGGUGCAGCAGCAGAGGCGCUGCUGUCUGGUGUUAUAGGAGAUCGUCUCUUCCUAAGACUCCUUGAGGCCGAUGAAGCAGCAACAGGUACAGCAGCAGCAGCAGCAGCAGCAGCAGCAAGUGCAGCAGCAGAGGAUUCUUGCUGCCUAGUGUCUGCUUCCUUACAUUACUUUACUAGCGAUGAGGAAGCGCUGCUGCAGCACGAUCUUAAUAUCCUGUAUGCUGCUGCUGCUGCAGCACAGCAGCAGCAGCAGCAGCAGCAGCAACAGCAGCACCUGCUGCUGAUUGAGAGGAAUCAAUUGCAGCAAUUCGUUAGAGAAUACUGCGCAGUAAAUAGCUGCCUAUACACCCCAGGUAAUCUAGAAUCCCUCCCUACUAGCAGCAGCAGCAGCAGCAGCAGCAGCAGCACAAGUAGCAACAGCAGCAGCAGCAUGAGGGAAGCUGUUGGGGGUGGCCUUGCUGUUAUUGCUGCUGCAGUGCAUGCACUGCCGCUGCUUGCUGCUGCUUCGCGCAGCCAGCGGUUUGCUGCGCUGCAGUACAUACUAAGAGAAGUUGCUGCCCCCUCCUUGCUGCUGCUGCUGCGGACGAAGGAGGAGUGCACACAAGACAGCAGCAGCAGCAACAACGAUGAAGAUUCCCAACAGCAGCAGCAGAAGGAGGAGGAGCAGCAGAAGGAGCAGCAGCAGCAGCAGCAGUUGUUAGAUGGAUGCACAUAUCCUGCUGUCUCUCGCGCCUUUGCUGCUGCAGUGUAUAGGCAGCACCUGCAGCAGCAGCAGCAGCGGCGGAGGUCCCAAUCACAGCACGAUGCGCAGCAGCAGCAGCAGCAGCAGGAACUGCAGAAUGAGGAGAAGCAGCAGGAGCAGCAGCAGAAUGUUGAAAAUGGACCAGCAGCAGAAGCAGCAACAGCAGCAGCAGCAGCAGCAGCAGCAGCAGCAGCAGCAGCAGCAACAGCAGGAUCCUCCCGCCGUUCUUCAUGCACAAGCAGAAGCGAAGAAUUAGAAGAUGUGCUGCUAGACGACGAACCCCCAGCAGCAGCAGCAGCAGCAACAGCAGCAGCAGCAGCAGCAGCAACAGCAGCAUCUAUGGGCCGCAGCAACGGCUUCUCUCCUGCUGCUGUAGUUGCUGCGCUGCAGUCUGACGAGCAGCAAGUGCAGCAGCUAGAGCAGCAGCGGCAGCAGCAGAGGGAAGAAGCAGAAGCAACAUUACGUUCUCUGCUGCUGUAUCAUGAUCCUGAAUUGCUGCUGCUGCUGCUGCAGCAGAAGCAGCAACAGCAGCAGCAGCAGCAGCAGCAACUCUCGCUGCUGUCUGCUGCAGGAGAAUGGAUGGGUACAGCUUUUGCUUCUCUGUGCUUCGUUAAGCCGCCAGCAGCAGAAGCAGCAGCAGCAACACCAGCAGCAGCAGCAGCAGCAGCAAAAGCAGCAGUAGCAGCAGCAGAGGAUAGUAUGGAUAAGAGGCUGCAGUGUAUAGACAACUUAUGGCGAUACACAGCCCUAGUAAAAGAACCACACACGGUUUUAUUACUUGCUAUAUCUUUGCUGAUUAAGAAUCGUCAGCUGCUGCUGCGCUGCUGCUGCACUUCUGCUGCUGAUUUAGUUUCUUGCUGCCGAUUUGCUGCUCUCCCCUCCAAUUCUGCUGCAGCAGCAGCAACAGCAGCAAUAGCAGCAACAGCAGCAGCAGCAGCAGCAGAUGGAGCAGCAGCAGCAAAAGAAUGGUGGCUGCAUGCAUUUGAUUUAGGUGUAUACUCACCUCCUUGUCUUCUUAAUGCUGAGCUACAGGCCUCUAGAGGGACACAAACUAGUGUUGUGUCUCCUUUAAUAGAUGGGGACUCUGUCUGCAGCUAUUUGCUGCGGCGUGCGUCCCUUAAGCAGCAAAUAAAAAUAUUAAGAGAGCAAAUAGCAGCAAUGGAGGCAGCAAAUGGAGCAGCAGCAGCACCGCUGCAGCAGCAGCAGCAGCAGCAGCAGCAGCAGCAUGAGAAGCCGAAGGAGCAGCAGAAGCAGCAGCAAGAGCAGCAGCCAGAGGAGUUGCGUGUACAGAAGGAAGCGAAGAAGCAGGAAGGGGAGGAGCAGGAUGUGCAGCAACAAUCGGAGCAGGAGCAGCAGCAGCAGGAGUCUCCGAAGGAGCUGCAGCAGCAACAGAAGAAGUUGCUGCAGCAGCAGCAGUCUAAAGCUAACGGACAGCAGCAGCAGCAGCAGCAGCAGCAGGAUGGUGGGCUUCUUCAUAUAUCCCUUCCUGGCAGCUUUGAGCAAUUGCCUUAUAAAGCAGAAGUGCUGCAGGAUGGAGCAGCAGCAGCAGCAGCAGCAGCAGCAGCAGCAGCAGCAGGGCUGACAGACUCUCCAGGGACAGGUACUACAGAAGCAGCAAGAGAUAGUCUUAGCAGCAACAGCAGCAGAAGCAGCAGCAGCACCAACCGCAGCACACCAGAUAUAGGCCUAUGCAGCUCCCCUGCUUCGGAGCUAGAGCAGCAGCAGCAGCAGCAACCGCAGCAGGAACAGCAGCAGCAGCAGCAGCAACAGCAGCACCGCAGCGUAGCAGACUGGCUUGAGUUGCUGCUGGUGCUGCAGCCAGGUCUACGUUUAGCUAUCCCUGGUUUGCUGGUGUCUGCAUGCGAAUCAGCAGCAGCAGCAGCAGCAGCAUCCUCCCCCCGUCAUCAGCAGCAGGAGCAGCAGCAGGAGUUGCUGCUGCUGCAUAAGAUAGAAUCUGCUGCUGCGCUGCUGCUGCAGCAAACAGAAUUUAUUCUAUUAGAUUGCCGCACCUUUGAUGGUGUGCAUGCAGCAGCAGGGAGACGCAUAAGAGGGGCAAUGCCUAUAAGUGGUGAUUUGCUGCUAGUAUAUAAUAAGCAGCAGCAGCAGCAACAGCAACAGCAGCAGGAGGAGGAAGAAGAAAAGGAGACACAAGCAAUAGAUAGUCUCCUUCUUUGCUGCCAAGUUGUUAAGGGCAAAUCUAUUUGUCUCCUUGGUAGUGCAGCAGAUCCAAGUAGUGCUAGCUCCCCUGCUGCUGCUGCUGCUGCAGCAGCAGCAGCAACAGAAGCAGGAACAGAAGCAGGAACAGCAGCAGAAGCAGCAGCAGCAGCAGCAGGAGACCCAGUAGAGGUGAUGGAGAAGCUGCUGCUGCAGCAGCAGCACUUCCCAAGAAUUUCUAUACUUAAGGGGGGAUUCGAAGGGUUAUGCAAGGCAUUGGAUACAAAGGAUUUAUCUAAUCAUUUAAUAGUAGAGAAUAAAGGACAAAUGCAUGCAAAAGGAGGUGCAGCAGCAGCAGCAGCAGCAGCAGCAGUACGCAGCUGGAAGGAUAAGGCAUUAGGUGCAGCAGCAAAACUUGUUAAUUCCUCUGCUGAGCAUAGGCAGCAAAUUACAUCUACACUGCAGGCAGCCCUGCAUGCAACUCGGGGGGCUUCACGAGACUUUGGCAGCAGCAUCCGUGGCGUCAUAACAACAACUGCUGCUGCUGCUGCUGCAGCAGCAGCAGCAGCAACAGGAAACCCAACAGGGGAAGUACCAGAGCCUGCAUUUGGCCUUGAUGGCAGUCCUAUAGACGAGAAGCAGAAGCAGCAGCAGCAGCAGCAGCAGCAGCAGACAGAGGAACAGCCAUAUAAGCUGGACCAACAACAGCAGCAGCAGCAGCAGCAGCAGCAGCAGCAAGGGUUCAUCAAGAGGAAGAGCUCCGUGGGGAGUGUUGGGGGUAUGACGUCAGCAGCAAACUUCUUCUCGUCAUUAAUAAGCAAAGGGGCAGCAGCAGCAGAAGGAGCAGCAGCAGCAGCAGCAGCAGCAACAGCAGGAAGAGCAGCACGAUCAGGAUCAGGAUCAGCAGCAGCAGCAGCAGCAGCAGCAGGGGACAGCUCUCCUACGUCUCCAGGCAGCAGCAGCAGCAGAAGCGACGGAGACAGUUCAGCAGGCUCAACAGCAGCAGACAGUGCUGCUGCUGCAGCAGCAGCAUCACCAUCAGCAGCAGGAGAAGGAGAAACAGGAUCACGUACUUCUACUGCUAGCACAACAGCUGCCGCUGCAUCUGCUGCAGCAGCAGCAGCAGCUGCUGCUGCUGCUGCUGAGGGACUAAGAAGCAGACUGCAGCAAGCAAAGGAGACAUCUUUAUUAAAGUUUGCUUCUCUUGGUUCGUCCCUCAAGGGAUUAUCCCUUAAGAAGCAGCAGCAGCAGCAGCAGCAGCAGCAGCAGCAGCAACAGCAGCAGGAAGGAGGGCAAGAGAUGGGAAGGAGAGGGUCGCAAAAUGAGCAGCAAUAUCCUGCUGCUGCUGCUGCUGCAGACGCGGCAGCAGCAUUUGAAGGUGCAGCAGCACAGCAGCAGCAGCAGCAGCAAGAGCAGCAGCAGCAAGAAGAAGAAGAGGAAGAGAAUGCCAUGAUUAAGAGAAAUGCUGUGGACGUCUGUGCGCUACCGCAACAACAGCAGGAUUUGAUGAGCCCUUCUGUAUUUGCAAUUGGAGACAGCGACCAAGAAGACUCACCAAGAAAUUCAGCAGCAGCAGCAGCAGCAAAUGCCCCAUUAAUAGAAACAGCAAACAUGGGAGCAGCAGCAGCAGCAGCAGCAGAAGGAGAUAUGCUAAAAAUGUUACAAAGAUAUCGUACCCUUAUAGAGGAGGUCCAAAGUUUAGAGAAGGGUUCUGUUUGUGAUUUAUUAGAAUUACAAAGAAAUAUUGGAGAUGUACAGGUAUUUGAGGCAAUAAAGAUAAGAAGACCGCAGCGAGGUCGUUGGAGUUUGCUGCAGGGAGGGGAGGUGUGGGGCAGCAGGCAGCAGCAGCAGCAGCAACAGCAGCAGCUACGAUGGAUUGUGCUGACACUGCAGCAACUGCUUGUGCUGCAGCCAGCAACACCAGCAGCAAACAGCAGCAGCAGCAACAGCAGCAGCAGCAACGGCAGCAGCAGCUUUUCUACUAAAGCCUCCAUAGAAGAUAGUUACAACAAAGACUCCCGUAGCAACAGCAACAGCACCAACAGCAGCAGCAGCAGCAGCAGCAGCAGCAGCAGCAGAUCGUUGCUGCAGCCACGGGGUGUACGUACAGAUGUACUUAAUUUGCAAGGAAGAGCCUUCUUUGGCCUAGAAGGCAGCAGCAGCAGCAGCAGCAGCAAGCCCAGCAGGAGCAGCAGCAGCAGCACCAACAGCAGCAGCAGCAGCAAAAGCAGCAGCAGCAGCAGCAGCAGCAGCAGCAAAUGCAGAUGUUGCAGCAGCAGCAGCAGCAGCAGCGGCAGUUGUAGCACCAGUAGUGGUACAGUAGUAGCACCGUUAGCAGCAGCAGCAGCAACAGCAGCAGGAGCAACAGCAGCAGGAGCAACAGCAGCAGUAGCAACAGCAGCAGGAGCAGCAACAGCAGCAGCAGCAGCAGCAGCAGCAGACCAGUUAGCCUUAGCGAGUGCCUUAAUAAAGUUGGCGGCCUCAAGGAGAGGAAAGGAGUCUCUUCUUGCUGCUGCUUCUGCUGCUGCUGCCUGCAGCAACGGUUUGUCUCCUGUCUCCGCCCUGCAGCAGCAGCAGCAGCAACAACAACAGCAACAGCAACAACAGCAAGGCAGCAUCAACAGAAAGCCAAAGGAGCAACAGCAGCAGCAGCAACAUAACCAGCAGCAACAACAACAGCAGGAACAGCAGCAACAUAACCAGCAGCAACAGCAGCAGCAACAGCAGCAGCAGCAGCAGCAGCAUACCAGGCAAAUGCUGUUGCAGUCUUAG